AAAAGUUUUUAGUGAGUUUAAAAACUAGGAACGAUACGUCGUAAACAUCGUAAAAACGGUUUUUUUUUAAUAUAGGGAAAAAUUAAAUACUUUCCUCGUAAAUUUUGUACAACUUUAUAAAUUAUUUUAAUUGUAAAAUUGUUAUCAUCAUGUCAGAUACGGAUGAAUCAAAUACAAAAACUGUGGAUGAUGCCGUAAUUUUAUCAGAAGUGGAGCAUGCUGAAAAUAGCUUAAAUGUAAACAAAACUUCUGAUAACAAAUGUGACCCUCUAUUUAAAGACACAUGCACUGAUAAUGAAAGCGAUAGUGUCAAUGAAAAAAAAAGACACAUCAGUGACAAUGAAAACAGUGACGAAGAGACUUUACACCCAAACAAGAAGUAUAAAAGUUGUGCAAAUGCUGAGCAAAGUGCAGAACUUCAAGAAGUAAACAAGGAAUCAGAUGUAUUAUCAAGUGCAACUUCAUCUAAUGUUAUUGAUGUGACUGAUGAUAAUAAAGAAGUAUCCGAUUCAUUGAAUGUGCCGAUACCGCUUGAAAAUACUCCAAAUUUAAAAGAGUCUUUGUCAGAGGAAAAAAGUAAUGAACAAAAAUCCCAAGGAAAUGAUAAAGCAAAAAUUUCAAAAUUUGAUUCCGAUACUGAUGCAGUUGUGAAUGAUGAAAAUUUAGAAUCAAAUAAUGAAAAUUUAGAAAGUAUUUAUGCAAAUGUAUUAAAACAUAUUGAAACCACGCCGGUUGUUGUUCGUUGCGAACGUAUGAAUUUUGAAAAAUAUUUGGUAAAGAAACCAUCGAAUACAGAAACAAAUAGUUUAAGUUCUGAAAACGAAGAAACAAGUAAAAAAGUAUCUGGAGCUAAGAAAAUAAAAAAAGCAAAAAUAAAUCAUAAAAUAUCUGAAAGUUCUGAUUCAGAAGGUGAAAACGUAAAGGACAAGAAAAAAUUACCAAAAAAACAAAAAAUGAAGAUUGAAAAUUCGAAUGUUGAAUUUAUGGAUUGUGAUGAAGCUAAAAAUGAUGUUUCCGUAACUCUUAAUAAAAGUAAUACGAAAAUUUCGGAACAAGAAAUAAGCGAUCUGAUUAAUAGUGAUUCUAACGAUGAGAAAUUAAAUAAAGGGGAUACUUCUUGUGAAUCUGAUAAUGAUUCAGGAAUCAAUAUUGCAAAAAUAAACAAGAAAAAAUUGUCUAAAGAUUCAGGUAUUGAAUCAGAAUCUCUUCAAAAUGAGAAAAAAAUUUUGGAUCCGGAAUCGGAUAAUUCAAAUUCUAGUGAUAACGAAUCAAAAUCUCGUACUAAAACCAAAAAACUACCUAAGAAAUCUCCUGGAGAAAAAUCUAUGGAUUCAGAAUCCCACAAUUCAGAUAAUGAAUCUCGUAAUAAAAAAAUACUUAAAAAAUCCACAAAAAUAAAUGAAAAGAAAGCUAAUUUUAAAAAAUUAGCCAAAAAAACAGUACAAAUUGAAUCAGAAAAUGAUUCUGAUGCAAAUUCUAGAAAAAAUGGUAGUGAUUCUGAAGAAUCUGAUAAAGAAAAAAAAUCUAGUGGUUCAGAAUCUGAAAAAGAUGAAAAUUCAGACAAAGAAAAUUAUAAAUCCAGUAGUUCAGAAUCUAAAAGUCGUACUAAAAAACUCUCAAAAAAAUCUACCAACAAUAACAGUAAAGAUGAAACAGAUUCGGAUAACGAAGACGAUCCUGAUGAUAAAUCUGAUACAGAAGAUCAACUUACAAAAGAGAAAAAUCUUGAUAUAUCAAAAAAAAUUGAUAACAAGUCUGAAACCGAUUCUAAAUCUAAAAGAAAUCCAGAAAGAGGAAUUGAACGCUUAAAAAAAUUCUUACGAAUAGCUGGUAUUCAUGUCAACAAUUUUGGGAAGUUGUUUGAUAAUAUCAAAACUAUAAAGGGCAAAGAAAGAAAAUUACUGGGUUUGUUAGAAGAUAAUGGUUUAGAAGGGCGUCCAACUAUUAAGAAAUGUGAAGAAAUUCGAAAGAAAAAUGAUAUUGCCAAAGAAGUAGCUGAAUUAGACACUUCAAACAUUAUUGCCAAAGAUAGCCGACCAAAACGUGGAACUCCAUUUCGACAAAGGCAGCGAAGAUCACCAACACCAGAUCCAAAUGAGUAUCAACGAACUUUCAAUCGAAUUCGAGCGUUGGUUGAUAGCGAUUCAGAUUAAGAUAUUUUUUAAAUACGUAAAAUUAACAGAUAUAUAAUAUAUUCGUUUGUUAAAAUUUUUUAUAUGUAAUUUUUUAUAAGAUAAUAAGAAUACGUUUUUAAUGCGUCACUAAUUCAUUAAA